AUGAGCACCCACCGUCAAUCGGACCGGGCUUCGAGACCUCGUCGAGCACAUCACAAGUCUCGUGGUGGCUGUCGGGAGUGCAAGCGAAGGCACAUCAAAUGCGACGAAGGGCGGCCACACUGUGUCAACUGCAGCGUGUCUAGCAGGCACUGUGAAUACGCGGGCGCAGCCGUUGCGACCAGCACACCCGCCCCCGAGCUGCUGCCAAUAUCAUCGCCGCCCGCACCUGUAUCAGGUGUCAAGUAUACUGAUAGAUCCACGAGCCCAAUUAUCCAAGAGUCACACAUACAUUUACCUGGGCCAUCGCAGAUUCUCAGCCAUGGUUACGCAUUUACGCUCGAGCACAUGCAGCUGUUCCACCACGUGGAGCAUGGCAUCACCACUUGGCUCGGGGUCACAGACUCCAUGAUUCCAUUAGUGGAACAAUAUAUCAAGACUGCCCUUACAACGCCGUACCUUAUGGAUCAGCUACUGGCCUUGUCUGCUCUACAUUUGAGCUACAGCGUCAAUCAUGAGACUGUCAGAUACCGCUCCCUCGCUACCGAGCUUCAAACUCGCGGACUGUCCCUAUUCAAUGCCAUGAGAGGCACCGACUCGGAUGGAACCGCGCGCUGGUACUUUUCGUCCUUGCUAGCCGUGCAUCACCUUGCAACCACGCUGGCCGUCCACGACGAGCAAAACUUUGAUGCCUUUUUGGACAAUUUCGUCAGCCACAUGGGACUACACCAGGGCACACAAGCCAUUGGCAUCGAGUCGUGGACUUCGAUCCGGAGCGGCGGAUUGCGAGCAUGGCUCGACCAGCUAGACGAGGCGAGCUCCUCCGUCUCCAGCAGUCCCUCGGCCGCCGACGAGCCCAUGUUUGCGCGCAUGCUGCAAACGUCGCGCCUCAAUGCCGCCUCGGUCAACACAUGCUGGGAGGCUGCGUCGGCACUACUUUUUGUCCGGGAGAAAACGCAACCUGGCCCGCAUGGUUGGGGUCCGCAUGCUGCCAUGGCCUGGCCGAAUCUGGUUCCGCACGAGUUCAUUAGUCUCUUGGGCGAGCGCGUGCCCGAAGCACUACUCAUCUUGGCUCAUUACGCGGAGCUGCUUCAUACAUAUCGCGAUUACUGGGUUUUUGGAAACGCCGGGGAAUAUUUGAUUAGAGGUCUGGCAGCCAGGCUUGGGGCCACUUGGACCAAGUGGUUAAAGAGACCACUAGCAGUCUUGUCCGAAACGGAGUCUUUGCAUACACCCUCUGGCUUCUAA